AUGGAGAACCAACAGCACAAUCGAAUUCCAAGAGUCCAACUUGGGAAUCAAGGAUUGGAGGUGUCGAGACUGGGAUUCGGAUGUGCAUCCCUUGAUGGAACGAUGAAUGCUCCUCUAUCCCACGAAGAAGCCUGCUCCCUGAUUGCCUGUGCUUUCAACAAGGGUGUCACCUUCAUCGACACAUCUGAUCUCUACGGCUAUAAUCACGAAGGGGAAAUCAUGGUUGGCGAGGCUCUGAAGCAGCUUCCUCGAGAAGAGAUUCAACUGGCAACCAAAUUCGGACUUUACAUAACCAAGGCUGGUGAGUAUAGAGUCGACGGUAGGCCUGAAUAUGUGCGCAAGUGCUGUGAAGCUAGCCUGGAGCGACUUGGAGUAGACUACAUCGAUCUGUAUUAUCAGCACCGUGUGGAUCAAUCAGUCCCAAUUGAAGACACCAUGGAGGAGCUGAAGAAGCUGGUGGAUGAAGGGAAUAUCAAAUACAUAGGGCUAUCCGAUCCCAGUCCAGACACAGUCAGGAGAGCCCAUGCUGUUCAUCCCAUCACUGCCUUGCAAAUGGAGUAUUCCCUUUGGUCCCGUGAUAUUGAAGCAGAGAUCAUCCCACUUUGCCGAGAACUUGGGAUUGGAUUAGUUGCAUAUAGUCCGCUUGGCGUUGGAUUCUUUGCUGGAAAAGCAAUAGUGGAAAGCUUGCCUGCAAACAGUGUGCUGCCUGAGCAUCAUCCAAGGUUUUCAACUGAUAGCAUAGAGAAGAAUAAGGUCUUGUAUUCACGAGUUGCCAAUUUGGCUACAAAGCAUGGGUGCACCCCUCCUGAACUAGCACUUGCAUGGCUUCUACAUCAAGGAACUGACAUAAUCCCACUCCCUGGGACAAGUAAAAAGAAGAACCUCGAGAACAAUCUUCGAUCAUUGGCUGUUAGGCUUACACAAGAAGAUGUAAAAGAGAUAUCUGAUGCUGUUCCCGCUCAUGAAGUUUGUGGCUCAGAGAUCUAUCCUGCUGUAGCUAACUACUCAUGGAAGCUCGCAGAUACCCCACCUAAGCAUUGA